AUGACGGUUACAACUACCACUCGCCCUACAAUCCUUGUCAUUCACGGGGCAUGGCAUCAUCCUGAAUUCUAUGCCCCGUUCUGCAAGGCCUUUGAAGACUUGGGCUACGAAGCAGUCUGUCCUCGCCUCCUAACCUGCAACAAUGAUGCACCCCCCACCAAGAAAUUGGAGGAUGAUGUGGCGCUCAUCCGACAGACAGCACAGUCGCUCCUUGACGAUGGGAAAACCGUCGUUGCCGUCAUGCACUCCUACGGCGGAGUUGUUGGCACUGAUGCCCUACACGGACUGGCGAUCAAACGUCUGAUCUACAUGACUGCUUUUAUACCCCCGAGCGGCAGCAGCCUCGCGGGUAUGUUUGGCGGCAAAUUGCCUCCCUUCAUCACAAUUGAUGAUGAAAAGGAUGUAUUGACCGUUCCUGACCCGGCGACCUUCUUUUUCAACGACCUCCCCUCCGAGGAAGCCGCUGCAUGGGCUAAGAAACUGGUGGUCCACCCGACGUCUGCCCAAUUUGACCCAAUCUCACAGGAGGCAUAUCGCAGCAGCCCCGCGACAUACAUUGUGUGCGAACAGGAUGCGGGUCUCAUUCCCGUGGUUCAGGAAAUGAUGAUCGAAAACGUGCGGAAGGCCGGAGUGGAUAUAGACGUUGAGAGGUUACCAGCGAGCCACAGUCCGUUCCUCAGCAUGCCGGAAGAGACUGCCAAGCUGGUGCUAAGGAUUGCUUCCCAAUGA